AUGGGCGAAGAAACAGGCCCAAGUCAUUUGAAGAUUGUUAUUCAGAGAAAAAGGGGGUACAUAGGCCUCAAGACAAAGACGUAUAUCGUGUACAUGGGGGAUCAUCCGAAGGAAAUGAAAGUCGCUGAAUUACAUCACAUGAGUAUGGUUCAAAGAGUCCUUGGCAGAAACUUCGCACCAGAAUCACUGCUCCACAGCUACAAGAAGAGUUUCAGCGCAUUUGCGGUGAGGCUAACACAAAAGCAAGCUGAAAGAAUGGCCGGAAUGGAUGGGGUGAUCUCUGUGUUCCAAAGCAAAACUCACAAGCUCCAAACAACAAGGUCGUGGGACUUCAUAGGGUUUCCACAGCAAGUGAACAGAACAAGUGUGGAGAGCGACAUCAUCGUCGGAGUAAUCGACUAUGGAAUUUGGCCCGAGUCUGAAAGCUUCAACGACCAAGGAUUUAGUUCACCUCCAAGAAAGUGGAAAGGCUCUUGCCAAAACAUCACUUGCAAUAACAAGAUAAUUGGAGCAAAAUAUUUUCGGGUGGAUGGUACAUUUGAAGAAGAUGAUAUUAGAUCUCCAAGGGAUUCAGAUGGCCACGGCACUCAUUGUGCAUCCACAGCUGCAGGAAACUUGAUUAGCUCAGCGAAUCUAUAUGGGUUAGGCUCGGGCACUGCAAGAGGGGGAGUCCCAUCAGCUCGUAUUGCUGUGUACAAACCUUGUUGGUCAAAAGGUUGUAAUACAGCUGACAUUCUGGCAGCAUUUGACGAAGCAAUCUCUGAUGGCGUCGACAUACUUUCUGUAUCCCUUGGCUCUCGUACGCUGAUACACCGUGACUUGUUUGAGGAUGUGUACGCAAUUGGAUCUUUCCAUGCAAUGAAGAAGGGCAUUUUAACCUCAAUUGCUGCCGGCAACUUGGGUCCAAAGCUUUCCACCAUGACAAGUUUUGCGCCCUGGUCGCUUUCAGUGGCUGCUUCCACUACUGAUAGAAAGUUUACCACCAAGGUUCAGUUGGGAAAUGGCAUAGUUCUUCACGGAAUUUCGUUGAACACCUUUGAUCCCCAAAAUGGAACUUACUCCUUGAUUUACUCUGGAGAUGCGCCAAAUAUCACUGGUGGAUUUAACAGUUCUACUUCGAGGCUAUGCUCCGAGGACUCGUUGGACGAAGCGAUGGUGAAGGGAAAAAUUGUUUUGUGUGAUGGACUUUCCAUCAGUGAUGCUGCAGGACUGUCAGGAGCGGUUGGCGUUGUGCUUCCAACCAUUUCCUCAAAAGAUGCGCCAUCUCUUUAUCGUUUUCCUUUUCCACUCGCUUUGCUUACUCUAAAUGAUGGCACAACCAUUCGCUCUUACCUGGAUUCUACCAGAAAUCCAACUGUUGCUAUUUUCAAGAGCAAGGAAGGCAAAGAUUCUCUGUCCCCUUACGUAGCUUCCUUUUCUUCAAGGGGUCCAAACGUAAUUACUCCCAACAUUCUCAAGCCUGAUAUAGCAGCACCAGGAGUAGAUAUCAUAGCCGCAUGGUCUGGCAUUUCCCCUGUUUCAAAAGUGAAAGGAGAUAAGAGAUUAUCAAACUUCAAUAUAAUAUCAGGAACUUCCAUGGCUUGCCCUCACGCUACUGCAGCAGCCGCCUACGUCAAGUCAUUUCAUCCUACAUGGUCUCCAGCAGCAAUCAAAUCUGCCUUAAUGACCACUACCACUCUGAUGAGUUCUGCUCUCAACCCAGAAGCUGAAUUUGCAUAUGGAGCUGGACAAAUUAAUCCCAUUAAGGCAGUGACCCCUGGUUUGGUCUACGAUAUUGGUGAAUCAGAUUAUGUGAGGUUCCUGUGUGGACAGGGUUAUAACAGGACAAGCCUAAGAAGCAUUACAGAUGAAGACGUCAACUGUAAGAAAUCUGAGAACGAAACGGUUUGGGACCUCAAUCUCCCAUCUUUCGCUCUUGAGAGAAACAUCUCAGAACCUUUUACCAGUGUGUUUCAUAGAACUGUGACAAAUGUUGGAGCAGCUACAUCUGUAUAUAAGGCGAAAGUGAUUGUUCCGCCAUCUUUGCUGACUAUUCAAGUGACCCCAAAUGUUUUGUCGUUCUCGUCUGUGGGUGAGAAGAAGUCGUUCACAGUAAACGUGGGAAUAGUCUCUGCUUCUUUGAUUUGGGAUGAUGACAAUUUCCAAGUGAGGAGCCCCAUUGUGGUUUACAGUACUCAGUGA